AUGUCCCGCAAAGCUCCAACCACCGCUUUCGCUAGCGCUGGAAAGUUCGAUAUCCUCGCCGUCGAGGGGGAUGACUAUGAGGAGGAAGAAGAGCAGGUCGUAGAAGAAGCGCCGUCUCAGUCGACUCUCGAACCGGCUACACUUUCGAAAGCAGCCAAAAAGCGAGCACGGCAAGCUGCCAAAUUGGCAGAAUCCGCCGUCAAGACGGUGACGACCGAGGCACAGGGAGCAGCCAAGGAGGUGGAGAAGGUCGUCAGCAAUGGCGGGGCCAACGGAACUUCGGAAGCUAGCCCAAUAGCCAAGGCAGCUGCUCCGGUCGUUCAGGCCGCUGCUCCAGUCGUCGAGGCUGUUGCAUCAGCGUUGCCGUCCUCCUCUUCCGGUCCGAGCGCGAAGAAGGCAUCCGUGCCCUCUUCCAACGGUGUCGCUUCAUCCUCAAAACCCGCAGCUCCCACCCCCGCCAAGGUCGAGGAGAAGCUUCCCGUCCCUCACUCUCCUCCACAAUCCUCCUUCAAGCCCCAGCUCCCGGACAACCUCCCCGAGCCCAGCUCUACCGCGCUCUCAGCGAAUCGGAAACGCAAGACCCCGCAGGACUUUACGCCUGCCGGGCCUCGUGAUACUCCCUCGGCAUCAAGCCCGAGCAAGAUCAGCGUCAAGUUUGAGGAUGGCGUCAGUCCGGGAGAAGGCGCGGAUGGGGAGAAGACAAUCCCGGUGACAAAGGCGGCGGUGCAGGCGGUGGUACCGAGAAAGAACCAGAACAUGGUGGAGCGGACUGUAUGGACGUUUAUCAUGAUUGGGGGCUUCGUCUCCCUCUUGUGCCUUGGACACCCCUACGUCAUCCUGCUCGUCCUUGUCUGCCAAGCUCUGGUCUACAAGGAGGUCACCGCCCUUUUCGAUCUCAGAGAUGAAGGAUCCAAGAAAAUCGCCGACUCGGAAGACCCAUGGAGCAAAACCCUCAACUGGUACUUUUUCGUCGUCACCAACUAUUUCCUCUACGGCGAAUCGAUCAUCUACUACUUCAAGCACAUUGUCUUUGUCGACGCCUACUUUAUCCCCUUUGCGAUGAACCACCGCUUCAUCAGCUUUAUGCUGUAUGUCGUCGGCUUUGUCAGCUUUGUCGCCAACCUCCAACGGCAAUACCUCCGGCGCCAGUUUGCCCUGUUCUGCUGGGUCCACAUCAGCUUGCUGCUCAUUGUGGUGUCGUCGCACUUUAUCGUCAACAACAUCCUCGAGGGGUUGAUCUGGUUCUUUAUCCCGGCGUCGCUGGUGAUAUGUAACGAUGUCAUGGCAUACGUGUGCGGUAAAAUGUUCGGCAAGACACCCCUCAUCAAGCUCAGUCCCAAGAAGACGAUGGAAGGCUUUGUCGGGGCGUUCCUUUGCACCCUGAUCUUUGGUUGGGCGUGGUCCACCUUCUUCAUGCGCUUCCCGUACAUGAUCUGCCCUGCUCGCGAUCUCGGUACCAACGUCCUCUCGAACGUAGUCUGCCGUCCCAACCCGGUCUUCGUCUGGCGUGAAUAUCAGAUCACCGGUCCCGUCAGGCAGAUCCUCCAGACUGUGCUUGGCCGCUCAGCACCCUCCAUCUCUUGGGCACCGUUCCAAAUCCACGCACUCGUCAUGGCCACCUUUGCCUCCCUUGUCGCUCCAUUCGGAGGUUUCUUCGCCUCCGGCUUCAAGCGGGCAUUCAACAUCAAGGACUUCGGACACUCUAUUCCCGGUCACGGUGGUAUGACGGACCGGAUGGACUGCCAGUUCAUGAUGGGCAUGUUCUCCUAUGUCUACUACGCGUCGCUCAUCAGGAUCCAAUACGUCGACGUUGGAACGCUCAUGCAGACCAUCGUUACGUCACUAUCCACGUCGGAGCAGCUGGAACUACUGGCGGAUAUGAGGCGGUUCCUAGAGGGUCAGGGGAUCAAGGCAUAG